AUGGGCGAACUAAAACGCCCGGGGCGCGCGUUAUUAAAUUUCAAGGAUGGCCGCGCGGUAAGCCGACACCGCCCGCCCUGGAACGAGGGGGAGCCCCCCCCCCCCGGUCCGGCCCCAGGGCACUGUUUGCCACGGAUCACUAAUACACAAGGUCUGAUUAUACAACCUCUGAAACUGUGGAGCAACAGAGCGGACGCCAGGAAUUCGAUUUGUAUGGAAUGUCGGAACACGGCUUCCCACCGACCUUGGCCAAAAAACACGCCACCGAGCGGAAUUAAUUCGGGUUUGGCGCCAAAGGCGAUAGAAAGUAGCAGGCACGAGGAUAUU